AUGCUGCUAUAUGCCUUAUUUAUUGUAUGGGCAUGGCAUAAUGUGUUAUUGUUUGGCAUUCGGUGGGCGGAUGGGUUCGUUCUUCGACGAUGUCCUUCUCUCAUCGUCAUACGCCCGAAGGCUAAUACGCUGUUCUCUUCCUCGAAUGAGGAACAGCCGCCCAUUCCUGUAGUAGCAGACCAAGAAGUGGCGGAAAAGCUGGAGAAAGAGAUACAGGAUAAGAUCGCAAGGUACCUGGCUCCGAUGGAGGCCAACAACAUCAAGGGCAUCGACCAGAAGGUGCUCGAUAGAAAUUUCGGAGAGCUGUAUUCAGUCGAGAACGUCAAGAAACGAGAGCAGAGGAAUGCCAGGAAAGUGCAGCUUGAGCCUCCGGACGUACCGCCUACCGACAAGCUGCCGUACUUCGUCAACAUGCAAAACCCCAAGAAUCCGCUAGGGGCAGCAAACGUAGCUGACAUUGGCGACGAAAUAACAGAUGGACAACGUGAUCCAAGGGGUAUGGUCUUGCCAGAUUUAGUGCCAGUCCGGGUUAUGAAUCAGCAGGGUGCCGUUUCUGAGAAGCAGGAUCAAGAACAUCUCGGAGAGAAAACGGCUUUCGAGACGAAGGAUGAUAGUGCCACCGCACAACCAGGUGUAAAUGUAGAUUUAGGAGAGGCAGCAAGUUCGGGUGCUGGCGUAAAACCGUCUCCAGUUGUUGAUAAAAUGAGCCAGAACACUUCAACCCCUAAAGGAGGUAUCACAAUGUUCAAAAACACGUAUGAAGAGUUGCUAGAGGGCGACAAUAACACUGAGUUUGUUGGUGACCCGCUGGAUCCGUAUUUCGAGGCUGCGGCGCAACAGGCGUCCGACGACGAAGACGAGAGGGUGGACUCCGACGAGGAAGAGUUGGAGAAGCAGGUGUGGUAUCGCAACAAGCCACUGAGGCAGCUGAAACCGAAGGAAAUGGCGGAUGGGUGGUCUGUGCUUCCCUGCGGUCGUAUAUACAAGCACAUGUUGAGGCCCUCUCACGAACCACCGGAGAAGCAGAGGGUGCCGGGGCAAGAAACCUAUGUAUCCUUCGGGUUCAAAAUCGCAGACGCGUUUACGGGGGAUAUGCUGGUGGAGGCAGCGGAUACUGACAGUGAAGGCAUCGUGACCCAGCUGAAAGAACUCUCGAGUCCGGUGCAGAGGAUGCUCUCAUCCAUGAAGGUAGGAGAGCAAGCUGAGUUCGUAUGCCCCGCAAUAGAGAUGGGUUUGGACAAGUUGGAGCGUGAGGGGAUGCAACCUCCGGAGUGGAUCAGAGUGUGGCUGCACAUCAUAAUGAUGCACGAACGCGGAGAAAAGUGGUGGCACCUCAGUCCCUUGGAAGCGGCCAACUACCCAACUGCAAAACCCAACGAAGACCGCCGCACAAAAAUGGAAAGGAUCAACCUCAAGGCGGAUGAGCUGACCAAGCAGAUCGAGCAUGAACUCGAGAACAAUCCAGCAUCCCCGCUGUGGGACGAUGUGAUGCAGCGCCUUAACGAGCAGCAGAAGGCGUCGGUCGUCGAGCACUUCGACCAGAAAUUGGAGUGGCAGGAGCGAAGGAAGUGUGCAGAGUUCUCGGGAUCCAGGGGUUUCGGAGAUACCAUCAAGAGCACCGGGCAGCUAAAGGGGUACGACGUAGGCCGGAUGUCAGGAGGAUCAGGGUCGUGUUACACCUGGCAUGAGACACCAUUUUUCAUAUAUAUCGCAGUUCCGGUAGUUCCCGGAGUCAGGGCUGAGCACGUGAACUUCGAGUUGGGACAAACGCAUCUUACGCUUAAAGUUGCAGGGAAAACUAUCAUUGACGACGACAUCUCGGGGCCUGUAAUGACCGACAUUGCCACCAGUUGGGCAAUGAGCGAAAAGGCGAUGCAGUACGAACCGCUGCCGCCGGGGCACCCGGAGCUCGAGAACCCCGUGCUCAAAACGGACCGGGAUGACGAGUACUACAGCAUCGCCAAGGAUCCAUCCAUCAUUAUCGCACUAAAGAAACGUGACAAAGUGUUGGGAGAUUGGGGAACGCCAUUUGUCAAUAUUUAG